AUGUCUAACCAAGCUGAAUCCUCUGACUCUAAGGGAACAAAGAGGGACUUUAGUACUGCGAUUUUGGAGAGAAAGAAGGCUCCGAAUCGGCUUGUUGUUGAUGAGGCUAUUAACGAUGAUAACUCUGUCGUUUCGCUUCAUCCUGAGACGAUGGAGAAGCUCCAGCUCUUUCGGGGUGAUACUAUCUUGAUUAAGGGAAAGAAAAGGAAAGAUACGAUUUGUAUUGCCCUUGCUGACGACUCAUGUGAUGAACCAAAGAUCAGGAUGAACAAGGUUGUGAGGUCGAACCUGAGGGUUAGGCUUGGAGAUGUGGUGUCCGUACACCAGUGUCCUGAUGUCAAGUAUGGAAAACGUGUGCACAUCCUGCCCAUAGAUGAUACGAUUGAAGGAGUCACUGGAAAUCUCUUUGAUGCAUACUUGAAGCCUUAUUUCCUGGAGGCAUAUCGCCCAGUGAGGAAGGGUGAUUUCUUCCUUGUGAGAGGGGGAAUGAGAAGUGUGGAGUUCAAAGUCAUUGAAACUGACCCUCCGGAGUAUUGUGUGGUUGCUCCAGACACUGAGAUCUUCUGUGAGGGAGAGCCUGUGAGAAGGGAGGAUGAGGACAGAUUGGAUGAAGUUGGUUAUGAUGAUGUUGGUGGUGUUAGAAAACAGAUGGCUCAGAUUCGGGAGUUAGUGGAGCUUCCAUUGAGACACCCACAACUAUUCAAAUCGAUUGGUGUGAAACCACCGAAAGGAAUUCUGCUGUAUGGACCUCCUGGUUCCGGGAAGACUCUUAUUGCCCGAGCUGUUGCUAACGAAACUGGUGCUUUCUUCUUCUGUAUUAAUGGGCCUGAAAUCAUGUCAAAAUUGGCUGGAGAGAGCGAAAGCAAUCUCAGAAAGGCAUUUGAGGAAGCAGAGAAGAAUGCACCAUCGAUUAUAUUUAUCGACGAAAUUGAUUCGAUUGCCCCCAAGCGAGAGAAGACAAAUGGAGAGGUCGAGAGGAGGAUUGUAUCCCAACUCUUGACACUCAUGGAUGGACUAAAAUCCCGGGCACAUGUUAUUGUCAUUGGGGCUACAAAUCGGCCCAAUAGCAUUGACCCUGCACUGAGGAGGUUUGGGAGAUUUGAUAGGGAAAUCGAUAUUGGUGUCCCAGAUGAAGUUGGGCGCCUUGAGGUUCUUCGUAUUCAUACUAAGAACAUGAAGCUUUCUGAAGAUGUCGAUUUGGAAAGAAUUGCGAAGGAUACUCAUGGUUAUGUUGGUGCUGAUUUAGCAGCUCUUUGCACUGAGGCUGCACUUCAAUGCAUUAGAGAAAAGAUGGAUGUGAUUGACUUGGAAGAUGAGACAAUAGAUGCUGAGAUACUCAACUCCAUGGCAGUUACUGAUGAACACUUCAAGACUGCUCUUGGAACAAGCAACCCAUCUGCUUUGCGUGAAACAGUUGUUGAAGUUCCUAAUGUUAGCUGGGAAGAUAUCGGUGGUCUCGAUAAUGUUAAGAGGGAGCUGCAGGAGACUGUUCAAUAUCCAGUGGAGCACCCUGAGAAAUUUGAGAAGUUUGGAAUGUCACCAUCAAAGGGGGUUCUGUUCUAUGGUCCUCCUGGAUGUGGUAAAACUCUGCUGGCUAAAGCUAUUGCCAAUGAAUGCCAGGCAAACUUCAUCAGUGUCAAGGGUCCUGAAUUGCUUACAAUGUGGUUUGGUGAGAGUGAGGCCAAUGUGCGAGAAAUUUUUGAUAAAGCUCGGCAAUCUGCUCCUUGUGUCUUGUUCUUUGAUGAACUUGACUCAAUUGCUACUCAGAGAGGAAGCAGUUCAGGAGAUGCUGGGGGUGCUGCUGAUAGAGUUUUGAAUCAGCUUCUGACAGAGAUGGAUGGCAUGUCUGCAAAGAAAACUGUUUUCAUAAUUGGGGCCACAAACAGACCUGACAUCAUAGACCCUGCCCUAUUGCGUCCCGGGCGGCUUGAUCAGUUGAUCUAUAUACCUCUUCCUGAUGAGGAGUCUCGCCUUCAAAUUUUCAAGUCUUGCUUGAGGAAAUCACCCGUUGCCAAAGAUGUUGACCUCAGAGCACUUGCCAAGUAUACACAGGGUUUCAGUGGUGCUGACAUUACUGAAAUAUGCCAACGUGCCUGCAAAUAUGCCAUAAGAGAGAACAUCGAGAAAGAUAUUGAGAGGGAGAGGAGGCGAAGUGAGAACCCUGAGGCUAUGGAGGAAGAUGUUGAGGAUGAGGUGGCAGAGAUCAAGGCAGCACAUUUUGAGGAGUCCAUGAAAUAUGCCCGUCGGAGUGUUAGUGAUGCCGACAUCCGCAAGUAUCAGGCAUUUGCUCAAACACUGCAACAGUCAAGAGGGUUUGGAUCUGAAUUCAGAUUUGCUGAAGCUAGUGCUGGGGCAACUGGAUCCGAUCCUUUUGCAGCUUCUGCAGGCGGGGCUGAUGAAGAUGACCUUUAUAGUUAA